UUGGUGCUUUAGGGCAUGCAGGUGGUGGAGGAGGAGAUGGUAGUGGCGAAGGCGGUGGUGCCGGUUAUGCUGGUGGAGCAAGUGGUGCAGGAUAUGGUAGUGGUGGAGGUGAAGGUGGUGGUGCUACAGGAUAUACAGGUGGUGGCGGCGGUGGUAAUGGUGGUGGAGGUGGUGCAGGUUCUGCUGGAGGGGCUACUGGUGCUGGAUAUGGCAGCGGUGGUGGUAAUGGAGGUGGUGCUGGAUAUGGUUCUGGAGGAGAAAAGGGUGCUGGUUAUGGCGGUGGUGGCGUAGCUGGUGGUGGAGCUGGUGGCGGGAGUGGAGCCGAAAUUGGUUCAGGUGGUGCCGGCUAUGGUGGAGGUGAAGGAGCUGGAUCUGGUGGAGGCUACGGUGCUGGUGGUUCUGGAUACGGAGGUGGUGGCAAUGGUGGCAUUAGUGGUGGUGGAGCUGGAGGAGCCCAUGGAGGAGGAUAUGGAGCAGGCGGAGGGAGUGGUGCAGGUGGUGGCCAUGGAGGCGGCUAUGCUCCCUAAGAUUAGCUCGUUGCCCUUAUAUUAUUUAUAUCUCAAUAUUAUCGUUGUUAUCAGUAACAUUAAGAGAAAUAAGAUAUAAAGAAGUACUUGCUUUAUGAUAUAUUUAUGAAAGUCAAGUGGUUGCUUUUGUAAUUGUCUCAAUUGGUAAGAAAUAUGAGCUUUUCUUUCAUACA